AUGCGCCCGCGCCUUGUCGCACCGUGUCGCAGCGUGUCGCGCUGUGUGACGCGACUGCCCUUGGCAUUAUUAGCGCUAUCAGCACGCGGUACGCUGCCAUGCCGGCGCGCAGCCGGUGACAUCAUCGCGUCGUUUCGUAUUCGCAGCCCGCACCGAUGCCAACUUAAGGAUCAGCUUGCCACGUGGGCACUCUGCUUAGUGCUUAGUGCACACUGUCUACACUCA